UUCACCGCCCCAUCACCUCCCCCCGCCCCGGUCAUGCUCUCGGCGGGACUCUGCGUGUCUCUGCUGGCCGUGUCCUGUGCCCUGUGGCCGCCCGCCGUCCGGGCGGCUGCCUGCGAGCCGGUCCGGAUCCCGCUGUGCCGGUCCAUGCCGUGGAACAUGACCAAGAUGCCGAACCACCUCCACCACAGCACGCAGGACAACGCGGUGCUGGCCAUCGAGCAGUUCGAGGGGCUUCUGGGUACUGGAUGCAGUCCGGAUCUGCUCUUCUUCUUGUGUGCCAUGUACGCCCCGAUCUGCACCAUCGACUUCCAGCAUGAGCCCAUCAAGCCCUGCAAGGCGGUGUGCGAGCGGGCGAAGUCCGGCUGCGAGCCGGUGAUGAAGCGGUACAACCACAGCUGGCCCGACAGCCUGGCCUGCAGCGAGCUGCCGCUGUACGACCGCGGAGUGUGCAUCUCACCUGAGGCCAUCGUCAAGGCAGACGGACCAGACCCAUACCUCCAGGACCCCUCCAGGUGUAACCCAGAAUCCAGUCCGGACUUUCCAAUGGACCCCAACAACUUCCACUGCCAGGGACCAAAUGGAGAUCGUUGCAAGUGUAAGACGGUCAAAAUGGGACAGAAAACUUACGUGAACAACAACUAUAACUACGUUAUCAGAGCGAGGGUGAGGGAGGUGAGAAAUCGUGGCCUGGAGCCCACGGCGGUGGUGGACGUGAAGGAGGUGCUCAAGUCCUCCCUGGUCAACAUUCCUAAGGAGACGCAGGUGCUCUACUACUCCUCGUCCUGCCUGUGUCCUCCUCUCACCGCUGGGGAGGAGUAUCUCAUCAUGGGCUACGAGAAUGAAGAAAGGUCCAGGUUGCUUCUGAUUGAUAGCUCCAUUGCGCAAAAGUGGAGGGACAAAAUGCGCAGGAAAGUCAAGAAAUGGGAUCAGGCCCUGCAGGCGUCCCCAGCACAUUCACGCCGAAGUCGCCACUGAGAUCUCACCCUCUGUCUGAAUGCGUGUGUUGAUGUGCGUGUGCGUGCGCGUGUGUGUGUGUGUGUGCAUGUGACUGUAUGGGUGUGUGUUUGUGUUGAUAUUGCACUAUAACAGGCUGUCGUAGCUGAAUGUAGUUCAUCUCUUCAUUUAUCAGACUGUUUGAAAUCAGAUKUUUUGCCUUGUCAUUUUCUUUGCACAGACAUUAUUCAGUGUGUUUUUGUCAUUGUGUCUCUGUAUGUAUGUAUAUACAAACGAGUGAAGAGGCGGAGCUUUAAAUAUGUUGGCAAAUGCAUGAUUUAAAUUUUUUUUUUUCUUCUCUUGUUUUUGGACCAAACGUUUUUCAAAGGCAGCCAUAUUGGCUCGAUCGCUCCCCUCCAGAUUCUGAUUUUAUGUAAUCCUGGAUGAGGCCCAGGUUACCAUGGUGAUUGGAAAGAAGACAUUAAGUGACAGCAAAGCCAUGUGGGUUUUCUCGCAAUGGAUCUGGAAUCAUGAACUGGACUUAACUCAGCUUCAAGAUGAAAGAGCGUUUACCGACACGGAAACGAGAACAUCUACUGUUGCCGAAGAUUUCUGGGUUCUGGAUCGGAAACCCUCCUUUUUAGUAGACAAUAAACUUAAAUCAGCUGCUUACAAUGUGGUCAUGGUUCAUAUUGUUUAAUUUCAUGGGAAACCUUAAAGCUGAGCAACCAGCUGCUCAUAAUUUACAAAGACCCAGAAACUGACAACGGUACAGGCCCAGACGUAGUCUCAAACCCUAGACAGGGUGAGGCUGUGUGGAGUGUUUGGUUUUUAUUAGUUAGUUGCUGUUUCGUUUUGUUCGUGGGUUUGACAUGCAAGACUGUGUGAAUUUUAAACGGAGACCAAUUCACAGGCAACUUCUUUCUGCGUGUUUUUUAACAGUUGCCUCAGGUCAGAAAAUCUGAAUCUGACUUGGAAGUUUGCACACUGCACAGACAAAAUCUGACCAGGUUUUUUGGUCUAGUUUCUAAUGCAAGUCUUAGUACUCUUAAAGUAAAACAAAGGUAAAUUACAAGAAAUUUUUCUGCAAGAUCUGAGCUUUAUUUAGGUAAAAGAUUCCUUAAUAUUGAUUCUAUGAAGCAUACUUUUUCAUAAGUUCCUUAUAAGUUAGUUCUCAACUGUUUCAGGUGUUUUUUUGUUUUGUCUAAUUUCACUAGAAACCAGACCGAAAAUACUGUGCAAUAAAUUCAGUGUAAUAAAGAAUUUGGCUGCGCUAACACAUCAGUGGUUUUCAACAAUUUUUUAUUAAUUCCAAUUUCAUAACCCGUUUACACGGGAAUGAUUUUUUAAUUUUUUUUACGUGAAGCAUGUUGCCAGUUUAAAAAAACAUCACCAUCCACAUGGGAUCAUUUCCAGAAAUUAUUUUAUCCACACAGAAACAUCGGGAACAGCCUCAAAUGCUAAAUUUCACUCACUGGGCCUGUAAGUAAAGCUAAACAUGUAGCAUGUGGGACAUGCGCGUUUGGCCUCCACGCAACGUUAGCGGUAAACAUGAGAAAAACGAGAAUUAGGAAAAGCAAAAGCAAGAGUGGAGUGUUUGGUCCAGAGCGAUGGCGAGUUUGAGCUUCUUCUCUGUCACAUUGGACCACAAAACCAACAAACUACAUCACAGCGUUGACUGAGAGGCACAAUGGUUGACGUCUGAAGGGAUUAUUGAUCAAGUUACAGAUUGGGCUAAGUGCUUCAGUGUUUUCACAAAAGAGGCUUUUUUUUGCUGCCCAUGUGAAUAAGCAAGAGCAAAAUUUUCACUCUGGACCUAAUUUCAGAAAAAGGUAUUUUAAGGUCCUCUAAUCCUGAACCCUGACCUGAACUGAGGCUUAGGUGUUUUGUAACCUCCAGGAUGAGUCUGGUUCUAAAUCUCUCCUCUGAAACUUCACUACAGUUCAAAAUCCUUAGAAAUGGCUGCGUGUCCCUCUGAUAUGCUGCUUUUUGAAAUCUUUCAUAUUGUCAAACGUUCUGUUUAGAUGAUUCAUUGAUUCUAAAGGACCAACUAUAAUGAGAAAUGGGAUGUGGUCUACAUCUAAUUGGUGAUUUAGCAAGAGGGAGGUAGUUACCUUUUCCCACAGCAGGCAGUUAAUCCCAAAAUUAUCUGUAGAGCUGACAGAUUUACAUUUAAAAUGAUUUGUUUCAUGUGAAGUUAGCCUGGUAAGAACCAGCCUCUUGUUCUACGCUUCACUUCGUGCAGGAGGUGUGGACUCUCAGCUAUUGAGAAACGACUGAUUCCUGGAGGCAUGGACGCUGUUGAAGUUUUACAUUUUAUCCAGUUGCUAAAAUUUGGCAGUGAUUUAUGUAAUACGCCCAUUCAACAACCUGAAUUUGCGCAGACAAAUUCAGGUUGUUGAAUGUGUGUGUUACUACUACUUCUUUGUUGAUUUUGGGUCAAACUGAAACUGACACUGUUUUCAGAUCCAUAGUUUUGUUAGGUCAUAUGUACAGUUUCAACUCUUCUAUAUCCUGUAUAUAAAUAUGUAGUUAUGUAUUCUGUAUGUAUGUAUAAGACCAGUUUUUGAAUUGUAUUCUAUAAUUUCUUUUGUGUGAUUGUAUGUGUAAAGUUGAAUAUGCAAAUGCAGAGAACCAAAUAAAACCAAUUUUAAGCAA